AUGCAAUUUGAUGUGGCGGCGCUGUGGGUGCAAUUCCACAACUUACCGUUUGCGGGCAUGUCAAGGGAGACUGGCAUCAAACUAGGUAGUUCGAUGGGCAAUGUGGAGGAUGUAGAAGUCGAUGAGGACGAUGUUGGAUGGGGUAGUUCGCUGCGUGUGAAAAUUGCAUUGAAUCUGCGAAAACCUUUGGCGAGGGGACGGAUGGUGAUGCUAGAAGGAGUAAAAACAUGGGUACCAAUCCAAUAUGAGAAGCUCCCAUGGUUUUGCAUAAAAUGUGGACGAAUCAUUCAUGAACAAGCUGGAUGUCCGAAAUCACUGGAUCUGAACAUGGGGGCAAAGCAAUAUGGUAGUUGGUUACGAGCAGAGGUAGGGAAUCGCAAGUUUAGAGCUUUCCCUACAUCCGGUACAAAGCCACCUGCUAUGAAUUUCGAUACUACAGAGAAGAAACGAGUGGAGGAGGGUGGUGCCCACGACGGGAUUCCGGUGCCGUAUGUUGCUAAUCAGGCUACUGGGAUUACAGUUGUCAAUAGCGAAGUUGGCGGGAUGGUGCUAGAUGUAUCACCGAAACAUAAGGAACUAACUGCUGAAAAUCUGGAAUUGGCGGAAAAUGAGCAAUUGAAUGCGUUGAACGGGGGAUUGCAUGCGGAUUCUGAGGAUGAGAAUUCUAACAAAGGCAACGUGCUGUGUGAUAAGGUGAUUGGGCCACCUAUUGACCAAAUGGGCUUGGACCAAGUUAAAAAUUUAAGCCCAAACGCAGAGGUAAGGCUGGGGACACAACAUGAACUAAAAAUAUGUAAAGCCCAGUCCACUUGGAAGAAACGAGCUCGUAUAGGUACUGCUUCUCCAAAUCUAUUGACUGUGGCUGGGACAAAAAAGAGGACUAACGGUGCUUCUGAGGGUGAAAGUGCAGAGAAGAAACUUAAGCAUGGAUUCGCCGCUUAUUCUGACCAUACCCCAAUCUCCCUGUUUUUGCUUGAUGACCUACCACAAAGGAGAGGAGCUAAGAUCUUUUGGUUUGAAGCUAUGUGGGUAACAGAAAAGGGUUGUAAAGAAGUGGUGGAAAAAGCUUGGAGGUUUGGUAAUGCAACUAACGGAAUGAGUGGAAUCAAUGCAAAACUUAAGUGUUGUGGUGAACAUUUAUCUGCCUGGAACCGCCAACACUUUGGGAAUGUACACAAACAGCUGAAGCACGCCAAGAUAAGUUGGAACGUUUGA